GCGCCAUUAACCCACCCCCACCAAACAAAGGUUGCUUCAAACCUCACCACUGCCUCCAACGUUCUUUCAACCAGCAGACAAGUCAAAUCCAUAUAGCUCUUGUGUCUGCUUUCCCACAAAUUGACCCUUGCUUUGUUAAUUUCCUUGCAUCGCAAUCAUGGAGAAUUACCAGAAGCUCGAGAAGAUCGGUGAAGGCACUUACGGUGUCGUCUACAAGGCCCGAGACCUCCUCAAUGGUGGACGCAUUGUGGCCCUGAAGAAGAUCCGUCUCGAGGCCGAAGAUGAGGGCGUCCCCUCCACCGCCAUCCGCGAGAUCUCCCUUCUCAAGGAGAUGCGCGACCCCAACAUCGUGCGCCUCCUCAACAUCGUCCACGCCGACGGCCACAAGCUCUACCUCGUCUUCGAAUUCCUCGACCUCGACCUCAAGAAGUACAUGGAGUCUCUUCCCGUCGCCGACGGCGGCCGCGGCAAGGCCCUGCCUGAGGGCAGCUCCGAGUCUCUGAGCCGUCUCGGCCUCGGCCAGUCCGUCAUCCAGAAGUUCAUGUGGCAGCUGUGCGACGGCGUCCGCUACUGUCACUCCCACCGCGUCCUCCACCGCGACCUGAAGCCCCAGAACCUGUUGAUCAAUAGAGACGGCAACCUGAAGCUGGCUGAUUUUGGUCUCGCACGCGCCUUCGGUGUCCCACUGCGCACUUACACCCACGAGGUCGUCACUCUGUGGUACCGCGCCCCGGAGAUCCUGCUCGGUGGACGCCAAUACUCCACCGGCGUCGACAUGUGGUCCGUUGGCUGCAUCUUUGCCGAGAUGUGCACCCGCAAGCCUCUCUUCCCUGGCGACUCCGAGAUUGACGAGAUCUUCAAGAUCUUCCGCACGCUCGGCACGCCGACCGAGGAUGUCUGGCCCGGUGUCACCUCGUACCCCGACUUCAAGAGCUCCUUCCCCAAGUGGAUCCGAGACGAGUCUCAACCUCUGUGCACGAACCUCGACGCUGAGGGCCUCGAGCUCCUCGAGAUGAUGCUGGUGUACGACCCGGCCAGCCGCAUCUCAGCCAAGGGCGCCUGCAAUCACCCGUACUUCGAGACCUACCCCGACCAGCACUCUGGCCAGACGAUAAGAAGCAGCCGCGCCAACAACGAAUUCUAUGGCAACUAGGUGUUCCCCAUCGUCGCGCACGCGGCCCCCAUGCAGCAGCAGCAACACCAGCACCAGCACCAGCACCAGCAUCAGCAUCAGCACCAGCACUUCGACCACUUCUAAGACACCACUUUGGG